UGCAAUGGAAGAGCAUCGGAGCAGCGAUAGUUUUCUACUAGCAGAGUUGGAUAAGAAACCAUCAAGUACAUAUCUAUGGCAACAAUGGUGCAGUGUCUUUCUUCGUGCGCGGCCCUCAAUUCCAACUUCAGAGCCCUUUCGCUUCAAGCAUCUUCUUCGCCUCUUUCCUUCUUCGCUCGUCCCUGUUCGUCAGUCUCGUGCAGCUCCAAUCUUAGCUUCUCCACCAGUGUCUCUCACUGUGUUGCCUUCUCCUCCGGGAAUUUGUGGGUACAGAAGCCAAUGAGGAAGUCAAUUGUAUGCGAAGCUGCUCCAAAGAAGAAGGCUGAUUCCGCUGCGAAGAGAGCUCGACAGGCCGAAAAAAGGCGUCUUUAUAAUAAAUCCAAGAAGUCAGAAGCUCGGACAAGGAUGAGAAAGGUACUGGAAGUACUGGACGGCCUGAAGAAGAAAGCAGAUGCUCAAGCGGAGGAGAUAUUACAGGUAGAGAAACUGAUAGGAGAGGCAUAUUCAGCCAUUGACAAAGCAGUGAAGGCCGGAUCACUGCACAGGAACACGGGGGCUCGUAGAAAGUCUCGGCUGGCGAGGAUGAAGAAGGCUGUGGAGAUCCACCAUGGUUGGUACACUCCCGAAGCUGCAGUCUCUGCUGCUUAGAACAACCUUUGAAAAAUCUGGAUGAUACUGUUUUGUUAAAAUGGUUUGAAUGAUGUGAUUUCAUCGGGAAAAAACAACAACAUUUGUUUCCUUCUUGUUUGGUUUUAUGUAUAUCUCUUCCCUCUGUGAUGAAGAAUCUUCACAUAUGAGUAAAUGUUAAGGUACUGCACUCUA